UUUUAGAAUUAAAAAUUUUCUUGAAGAAAAUUGAAUUUUUCAACAUUAUGAAAGGACAGCCAUCUUCUAGCGCCCAAAUAGCUCAACGUAAUUGGAUGUUAGAAAAUAGUGUUGCUGAUUCAAUUGACGCAAUAUUUAAAUAUGACAAAGAGGAGCAGCAAAUGAUUAGAAAUGUAAAGCCAUGGGAAAAGGAUCCGCAUUAUUUCAAGGAAGUCAAAGUUUCUUCUAUUGCUCUUCUUAAAAUGGUUAUGCAUGCACGGAGUGGUGGAAAUAUUGAAGUUAUGGGUUUAAUGCAAGGACGUGUAGAUGCAAAUACCCUUAAUUGUUAUUGACAGUUUUGCACUUCCUGUAGAAGGAACUGAA